ACUGGGAGUCGCCCGCAGUUCAGCUCGAGCCGCUCAGACCGGAUUCACGAGCAAACAUGACGAGCAGAGCUGAGCAUUAACAUCAGUCUGACAUACAGCUGCGUUUCUGAGCAGCACCGAGGAGUCCAGAACCAUGAGAUGAUAGAGAUCUGGAUCUGAAGUGAGUCUAGAGUGUGAAUGAGCAGAUCCGGAUUGAUCUGAUGAGUGCAGGAGCAGAUCGGAGUGGCUGCUGGAGUCAUGAAGACAGCGCUGGUGUUCCUCUGUCUGCUGUUCCUCACCUGUGCUGGAGACCCGGAUCAGACUGAGCCCAGAACACUGCAGUACCUGCGCAUUGGCGACGGCUCCGCUCGAGAGUUCCAGUUCCCGCAAAACACACGCGGUGUCAUCGUGAUCUCCAGCCAGUACCGCAGCUCCGGGGGCCGCAAGGGCCGAGACAGCCUGAAGCAGACUCUGCGGGUCCGGUCUCUGGAUCCAGACGUCAUCUCCAUCCUGAACGUGAGCGACAGCGGGCCGCAGAGCAGCUACACCAUCAGCAUCCGCUCGGGGCUCCCAGGGACGGCGCCGCUGCUUCUCCAGCUUCUGGAGCUGAGCCAGGACGCGGAGCCGCUGCUGAUCGAGGAGCGCAGCGAUUACUCCAUCAGGGUGGAGGCCGCAGCAGAACACAUGGAGGCCGGCGGGCUGCAGCACUUCUCUGAGAACCCGGUGCUGUUCGCACUGCUGCCGCUGAUCUUCGUCAACAAGUGUGCGUUCGGCUGUAAGGUGGAGGUGGAGGUGCUGCUGGCGCUGCUGCGGAGGCCGGUACCGCUGCUCCUGGGUGUCGCUGCGCAGUUCCUGCUGAUGCCGCUCUAUGCCUUCGCCCUGUCCCAGCUGGUGGCGCUGCCCACGGCUCUGGCGCUCGGCCUAGUCAUCACCUGCUCUGCCCCGGGCGGCGGCGGUGGGUACCUUUACAGCCUGCUGCUGGGCGGAGACGUGACCCUCGCCAUCUGCAUGACCCUGGUGUCCACAGUGGUGGCGACCGCUGCCAUGCCGCUGUCCUCCGCCCUGUACGGCCGGCUGCUGGGCGUCCACGCCGCGCUCCACGUGCCCUUCGUCAAGAUCCUGGGCACGCUGCUGUUCAUCGCCAUCCCGAUCUCGCUGGGGCUGCUGGUGAAGCUGCGGGUGCCCGCGGUGGCCAGCGUCCUGCUUGCCCUCAUCCGCCCCUUCAGCUUCGUGCUGAUCAUCGGCGGCAUCUUCAUGGCCUACCAGAUGGGCUCCUCCAUCCUGGCUCACGUGCGUGCCCCGAUGGUGGCAGUGGGCGUGACGGUGCCGGUGUUCGGGCUGCUGGCGGGGCUGGCGCUGGCGCGGCUGGCAGGGCUGGCGUCUCCGCAGAGGAGGACGGUAGGCAUCGAGGUGGGCGUGCAGAACAGUCUCCUGGCGCUGGCCGUCAUGCAGCUCUCCUUCCAGCGGACGGAGGCCGACUACGCCUCGCAGGCGCCCUUCAUCGUGGCGCUCAGCAGCACCUCCGAGAUGCUCCUGCUGGUGCUGGCACACAUCGCCCACCGCCGCCUGUGCCCGCCUGCUCCCGCCACCCGCACCCUCAGCUGAGCGCCCGCCGAACACACUGACAAACACACUGCCAUCGCCCAGACCACCACCGAACGCCUUCGGACACGGACACUUACACACACACACACACUCGCAGAGAUAUAUGCCUCAAUCAACAGAGCCAUGUGGUGCAUUAUGGGACGCUCUGAGGAGGAGAUGUGGAGGACACUAGUGCUACACACAGGAGACACUUGAGGAGGACACACACACACACACACACACACCUCAGCAGUGUGGAGACGAGUGGAGGACAGCAGUGAUGAGCUGUGGGGUGAUGUACCGCAUGUCUGCCGUGUGUUCUCCUCUGUUGAGUGUCGUGUGUGUGCGCAGUGUCUUCUCCAGACAUUAGUAGCUUGAUGAUGUUGUACACACUCCUGUGAUUAACUGCCAGUGCUCUUCUGCUCCUGUACGGCCUUAUUUCUUACACAGAACGCUCUGUCAGACUACUGAGAAUGUGUGUGGACGCCACUGAGCUCCAGAACCAACCGAGAUGAAGAUCAGCACAUCAUCACCAGACACGGGCAGCAGCUGUCCUGAGCGCAGAUACUGGUGCAGUGUUGAUCCUCUUUUGUAAUUCAGAGUUUAACGAGCCGAUUACAUGUGUGUGUGUGUGUUUGUGUGUGUGUGUGUGUGUGUGUGUGUGUGUGUGUUACAGCCACAGUGUUGAUCAGAGCAGAUAUUUUUCUAAGUGAUUGUUCUUUUGUAAUGGGUGUGUUUGUAUCUUGUUUACAGAUGUGUGUGUGUGUGUGUGUGUGUGUGUGUGUGUGUGUGUGUGUGUGUGUGUGUGUGUGUGUGUGUGUGUGUGUGUGCGCGCAGCUCAUUGUUCAAUGAUGAUGACGAUGUGUGAUUAAAUGCUUUUGACUUGACUAAA